CUGUGCUCUUCCAGCACCACUCUAAUCCAGAAUCUGGUUUCCAGCAUCUGCAGUCAUUGUUUUUACCAUAAAUAAAGCCUGGUAGAGAAGGCCGACGUUUGGCGCAUGAGCAGUGGCAGCAGAUCCAUGUUUGUUUAAUGUUUGGUUCCUUUCACUGUAAUGAAGACACUGUCAGCGUAGACCACAAAGAAUAAAACUCUGCGAGACACCAUCAUAUAAUAAUUAAUAAAGCCGUAACAAUUCCUCAGGAUGUCAGUGGGCUUGGAAAAAACUGAGAGAGUUGAAGACAUACCACACACUAAUUCAAGUUCUGAAAGACUGUGCAUUCAAUCAUGUGAAAGUUGUGAACAGGAUUCAUUUAAAGAUUUGAAACUAGCUUCCCAGACAAUACUCGAAACUCUGCAACAAAAUGGUCGAUCAAAAUGUCCAAAAUGCCUGAGCUCUAGGAUGUUUUACUGUUACUCGUGUUGUCUUUUGGUAGAUGGUGUGAAUUCUGAUGAGAUACCUCAGGUGAAGCUCCCUUUGAAGAUUGAUAUUAUCAAACAUCCUAAUGAAACUGAUGGCAAAAGUACUGCUGUACAUGCAAAGCUGUUGGCUCGGGAUGAUGUUAAUAUUUACACAUACCCUUGCAUGCCAGAUAAUGAGGAGGAAAAGCAUGAAGUUGUAGUCGUGUUCCCGGGUCCAAAGUCCGUUUCCUUUGAAGAUCUUCCCAUGCAUUUGUCUAAACUUGCUAAUGAGAAAUCCAAUCUUUUGAAAUAUUCUUCCAAGAAUGUUCACAGCCGUGAGGAGAGCCUUACAUUGGAGGGACCAGAACAUAAACUUGCAAAAUAUGACGAUAAAGACCAAGGCAGGACAGAGGAGCAGGAUGUUGGAGAGACAAAGACAAAAAUUGCUCCACUAAAAAGAGUGAUAUUUAUUGAUAGCACCUGGAAUCAAACCAAUAAAAUAAUUACUGAUGAACGUCUUCAAGAAUUACUUCACGUUGAGCUAAGAACACGGAAAACGUGCUUUUGGCGUGGCCAGAAAGGAAAGCCAGACACAUAUCUCGCUACAAUUGAGGCUAUUUACUAUUUUUUAGUUGAUUAUCAUCAAUUGUUUUUAAAAGAGAACUACAAUGGGGAAUAUGACAAUCUAUUGUUUUUCUAUUCAUUCAUGUACAGAUUAAUUAACAAAGCUAAACUUGCAGCUGGAAAAUUGAACUGAACUGGAAAGUAACUGAUAGUGUCUCAUCAAAAUGUCAAACUGAAGAAGUACCAUCAUUAGUACUUCUUCAUUAGUUACAAUAAAUAAGAUUAAAGUAAAUUCUGGAUUUUAAUCAAAACAUGAAUGAUUAAAACUUGUGUAGUUUGUUUGAAUACUUAUUUCAGUACAAGAUGUGUAAAACAAAAAUUAAAAUUAUUUUUUCAGUUAGUUUACUUCUUUAAAGCAAAACUUAUCACAUAUGUUUUUUCAAUUAAAUGUCUUCUUCCCUAAAGCAGAAAGUAACAUUGAAUGUAGAUGACAUCACUCGUUCUUUUGUUUUUGUUUUCUUCAAAAUUGAAAACAUCUUGUUUUUUUUUUUUAAAAAUUAGCUAGCAACAUUUGGUUUUGUAUUGUUGACAUCGGUUUUGGGAUUAAACUUUGGUGCAAAUUCAGGUUGAAAAGAA